GUGGCAUCACUAGACCUCUCAGGCAGAACUUCUUCUAACCACUGAGCCAAGACCAUCAGACGAUGGAGGCAAAUGAAUACAUGAAUUCACUAUCCAACAGAACAAUGGAGAGACGGAGAUGUUCUUUAGGAAGAGCAAAAGUCUACCAGCUGAUUGGAGUCUGCUUUGUCCUGUUGUGCAUCACACAAUCAGCUUUCAACGUUUACCUUUGGCAUGAGUCUGUUGGAAUUUCAAAAAGUAUGAAUGCCUCAGCAUGCAAUGUCACCUUGCUGGAAGAAGUCCCAGCUCUUCAUUCAGAGACAGAGCAAUAUCUUAAACAAAUAGACAAACUAUUUCAGGAGAAAAGUGAGCUGCUUGAGAAGAACAAACAACUACAUCGGUAUCAAGCCAGUCUGAAUGAGACAAACAAGCUACUGGAACAAGAAAAAGAUCAGCUUUUCAAUGAGAAAAGAGAACUGCUUCAAAAUAAAGACAAACUGGAAAACGAAACAAAAAAAUAUCUGCAGGAGAAGAAGCUACUAAGUGAAGAAAAAAACAAACUGAAACUAGAGAAGAAUCUACUUUUCCAAUGGUGUAAGCAACUAAAACAACAAAAAGAUGAGAUGGCUAAAAGUAAAAAUGAACUGGUUCAAAACAAACUUGAACUGGAAAAGGAGAAAAAUGAGCUACUCCAGGAGAACAAGCAACUAAAACAGCAAAACUGCAAUCUGUAUCAAGAGAAAUGGAAAUUACAAGAAGAGAAGGAUUUACUAGAAAGGAGAAACAAAGAACUGGAAGAUAAAAUAGUGGAAAAAGAAAAACUGAUAUCAGAACUUCCGGCAAUAAUAAAUACAGUGGAGGCCAAUAAGCUAAGGUGUCCGCCAGGAUGGCAGAGGUUUAUGUCAAGUUGCUACCAGCUUUCUGCUGAGGCAAACACCUGGAUGUAUGCCAAACAAAACUGUGAGAGCAAAGGAGCUCAACUCAUGAUGCUGAAUGAUGAAACAGAACAGAGACCUUUCCUUGGAGGAGUGUUAAAAAUCUGGAUCGGCCUGUAUGGAAAAAUACAGAAUAAUACCUUAAUUUGGUAUCUGAUGGGGGUAGAUGGAAGACUGUUGAGAUCAGGUGGACCAAAUACCCGAAAGCCACAAUUUUGGACUAGCUUCUCCCAAAGUUGUGUCUACAUCGAUCACAGUCUUCCAUGCAUGAAGUCUUGGUCGAUGGGAACCUGUAUGGAAAAAUUCUAUUGGAUCUGUGAAACAGAUCCAAUAGGAACAUGA